AUGGCUUGUUACGAAUCUCUGAUCCGGGAUUUUAAGAAAAAUCAAGCGAGCUUAGCUGCUGAAGUGAAGUCGGAAUUAGCCGUGACUCACCGAAAAUUGGACAAAAUCAUUAACGACCGUUCCAAUUUAAAUCCAUCCCCUCGCAUGUCUGCCCGUUGGCCCAGCCUUGGCACCCCUACAAACAAGCGACGGCGGAUCGAACCACCUACUCAAACCUCUUGUGUGGGUACUAAGAAAGUCACCGUUAAAUCGAUAGCCACCGUUGCACCGAGGGAGAAAAAAUUUUGGGUCUAUCUCGCAAGGUUGCAAAAUACCGUCACAACUAAGGACAUCGAAGAACUCGUCACGGAAUGUCUCCAGUGCGAAUCUGCCGAGGUUCACCUAUUGGUACGGAAGGAUGUCGACGUGAACUCGCUCAGGUCUAUUUCGUUCAAGGUUGGAGUGGAUCCCAAGCUCAAAGACGCCGCUCUUUCCCCUAGAACUUGGCCCGCUGGUAUUCUGUUUAGAGAGUUUGAGGAUCUUGGAUCAAAAAACCCGUCGACACCUGUUGUCCCGUUUCCUCCAGCGACCUCGCUCACUCCAUCUUUAACUUCCGGGAGUUCUACACCACUGGUUGUACCACACCAAUGA